AAAAAAAAAAAAAAAAAAAAAAAAAAACAAAGAUCGUAGAAGUUGUAUUGUCGUGGAAUUGGUUGAAGAUCCAUCGAUGAUUAGUAGCAGCAAAACCAAGUAGUAGCAGCCAAACCAAAAACAAAACCAAGUGAAAGUCAAGUCCUCUCUCUCUCCGAGUCUCUCUCUCCUCCAAUCACACAUCCAGUAGAAAAAAAGCAGAGAUUUGAAGGUUGAGAUGGUGACCAAAUUAGACGAGGCAGAGUUGAAGAGAUUAGAGUCUCAAGUGGAGCAUGGUGGUGGGGGUGCUUGGGAGUACCUUUGUUUAGUGCGUAAACUCAAAAUUCGGCGCUCUGAUAAAGUUUUAAAGCAUGGUUUAUCGAUCUUGAACGAUCCAAAGAAGCGAUCUGCUAUUGGGGAUGAAGAAUGGACAUUAUAUGAGCAAGUUGCCAUUGCAGCCAUGGACUGUAAUUCUCUUGAGACUGCAAAGGAUUGCUUGAAUGUGCUGAGCAAGAAAUUUCCAGAGAGCAAAAGAGUUGGUAGGUUGGAGGCAAUGUUGCUAGAAGCAAAGGGCUGCUGGGAAGAGGCCGAAAAAGCUUACUCAAGCCUUCUAGAAGAUAAUCCACUUGAUCAAGUGGUCCACAAAAGAAAAGUGGCCAUGGCAAAGGCUGCAGGUGAUCCUCUUAAAGCUGUUGAAUGGCUAAACAAAUAUCUUAAAGUAUUUAUGGCAGAUAAUGAUGCAUGGAGAGAACUUGCAGAAAUUUACGUCUCGCUGCAGAUGUAUAAGCAAGCUGCUUUUUGCUAUGAGGAGCUGAUUUUAGCUCAACCUACAGUUCCUUUGUAUCACCUAGCCUAUGCUGAUGUGCUUUACACUCUUGGGGGAUUGGAAAAUCUUCAGACAGCCAAGAAAUACUAUGCUUCCACCAUAGAUUUCACUGGAGGCAAGAACACGCGAGCACUUUAUGGUAUUUGCCUGUGUACUGCCGCCAUUGGGCAGCUGGCUAAAGGCCGAAACAAGGAUGAUAAGGAGAGUGGAGAGUUGCAUUCUCUAGCUGCAGCAGUCUUGGAGAAAGACUACAAGAAUAGAGCCCCAACCAAAGUUUCGCUGCUGACGUCAACGUUGACAAAUUUGAAAAUUUCAUCAUAGUUCUUCAAUAAUUGAGUUCAUGUUCAUUUCAUUCUUAUCCUAACAGUGGUAGGAUCCUCCUUAUGUAGUGCAAUAGUGGUGAAAUUACCUUAAUUUUGUUUCUUACGAAUUCGCUUUUCUACAUCAAAUUUUCCCUUCUUGCUUUCA